CCAUUUGUUAUGAAGAAAGAUAAAAGAAAAGUAAGAAGAGCGACAGCACUGACGCAUCUUGCUAAAAGAAUAGAAAUAUACAGAAAGCGAUAACUAAAAUAAAAUUGGUAAAAACGGUAUCAUCUUUGGAAUUAAAAUACAUUUGAUAUCGCUUCAUUCAAAUUUCUCAAAAUUUUUCACCAAAUGGACGAGUGUGAACUGCUCUUCAAUUUGUUCUACCUUUUAUUAUGCAUGUGCAUUAUCUACCCACCCGAAGAGUUUCAGCGCCUUGGACUUACCAUCGAACAAGUCUUCAAUAAAUUGUUAGGCGAUGAGAGCAUGAAUUUCAUACUUUAUCAUCAUCGACGAACAUCACUAAAUUUAUUUGUGCACAGCUGUCUACCGGCAUUUUAUUUCCUUAUACACAAGUUAAAGUUCUCCGUAUUUGCGGAACGUGAACCACCAGAGGAAGCGGAUUUAGAUCCAGAUUUCCCUAUGCCUCAAGAAGCGGUAGCAUUUAAGACGCUCACUUGGAAGAUAGCACAACGCUUCAGUUUGAUGGCCGUGCUGGCAGUGCCAGCUUUAGUGUUUAAUUGGUAUCAACAAAAUUGGCGCCGUCAUCCCAUUAGUCAGACCCUAUUGAAGUAUUCCAAUGUACCAAACAGUUUCCAAUCAGUUGCGAACGACAUUAGCACAGAGUUCCGACGCCUCGACAUUUACAAAAAGAAGCUGAAUUCGAUAUCGACUGUGAUUGCUACCGAGAACUGGAUUAUCAAAACUACGCUGUACAACGUGCAUUUUGCACACCAAAGCGAUACUUCCCUCAGUGUAGCCAAGACCGAGACCUACAACGUUUCUCAGGAUACUAACGAUACGCUGCAAAUGGUAAGCAUAGUAGUGAAGCCAAAUCGUCAAGGAGUUGCUGACUUUCAUAUACGUAUCAAUGCAUUGGAAUUUCGCAACUUGGAAGAGCGCGUUUCCAGGCCUAUUGUAAUACCAUCAUAUAUACAAUUCCAUCGUAAUGUAAUCGACCGCUUUAUUGAUGUUUUCAAAGAGCAAGUAGCACAGAACCCAAUUUACCAAGCAGAUCGCAUAGCAGAAAAAUGCUUCGCUUGUAUGAUCGCUGAGCCGAAUAUCAAAAUACAUAAACAAUGUGAAGAUGUUGAUCGGUACGGACGACCUCUGGCUACAGAGAACACCUGUUCAAAUUGUUAUUGCCGACCCAUGUGGUGUGUUGAGUGUUUAGCGCGUUGGUUUGCUGCGCGCCAGAAUGAACAUGAUCGGGAGGUGUGGCUUGAACAGAAAUGUACAUGUCCUAUGUGUCGUGCCAAAUUUUGUGUCCUCGACGUUAGUUACAUCGAAAAGCCGGAUACAGGUGCUACAGACGAGCCGGCAUUUCCCAGCGAUAGGACGUGAUAUCUAUAAUUUGUGAAGUUUAAGAAAUUUCCAUAAAUUCAUAAAAUUGCCAGUGUGUUGUACAACCAUGGUUAAGCUCUAAAAUCUUCCUCCGUUUACUCAAUAUUUUUUUGCAUAUAAUAGUUAUGCAUUGAUUUUAUAAAAAAUUUUUAUUGAAAAUUCUUAAAUAUUUAUUUUUACAUAAACAUGUUUUCGUAAAUACAUAUAAUUAACAUUUUUCUAAAGACAAAUUACUUAAUGUCUAUAUAAGUUUGUAACUAUCACGUUUUAAUACUUUACGAUACAAAAGUUACAUAUAUGUAUA